AUGCUGCAGGAAAAUCCGCUGCAGGCGGCAGGACCCGCUGGUUCCGAGCAUCUGGACCUGUGUUCCUCCAACAGGUGGAAACCUCACGUGGUUUUCCACAUGAAUGCUCCUCAAAGUUCUGAAGAACCGAACCGAACCUCUCCGUCACUCCGCCCCCACCGGGACGGGGCCCGCGGCCCCCGCGCCUCAGAGAGACGGAGGAGGACGAGCAUCCAGCACAGAGCCGAACCGAACCGAACCGGACCGCGCAGCUUGUCCAUGAGCCCAAAGCUGUCCACGCCGUUCUCAGUUACAGACAUCCUGAGCCCGAUGGAGGAGGCGUACCGCCGGUUCGGAGGGAUGGAGCCCGGCCCGCUGGGGGCCUACCGGCAGGCUGGGACCCAGAUCCAGAACCAGAACCACCUGUACCACCACCACCAUCAUCAUCAUCACCUGUCCGCUCCCUCCUCUUCCUCAGCUCUGGGCCCCGGGCCCGCCUACCACGCUUCCCCCGGGGUGCCGCAGUUCUCCGGGGCCGCGGCGGGCUUCGGCGGCGGGGAGCUACUCCCGGAGCCGGGGCGGGGCGGAGGGCCCGCCGCCUGGUACGGCGGCCCGGAGCCCCGCUACCAGAGCAUCUCCAGGCUGAUGGGCGCCCCGGGCGCGGUGAGCCUCUCCGGGAUGGAUCCCGGCUCCAAGCCGGUGCUGUCGCUCCACGCCGCGCCGCGCCGCAAGCGGCGGGUCCUUUUCUCCCAGGCGCAGGUGUUCGAGCUGGAGCGGCGCUUCAAGCAGCAGAAGUACCUGUCCGCCCCGGAGCGGGAACACCUGGCCGGCCUCAUCCACCUCAGCCCGAACCAGGUCAAGAUCUGGUUCCAGAACCACCGCUACAAGCUGAAGCGGCAGGCCAAAGACAAGGCCGCCCAGCAGCAGCAGCAGGAGGCCGGCGGCCAGAGCGCGGCCUCCCGCCGCUCCUCCGCCAGGUCCCCGCUCCUCUCCAAGGCAGAUCGGAGCUGCCGGGGCGAACCGAGCCACACCGGGACCCGCCAGGCCGGCUCUGCUGACGCGGUAGCCAACCAGAACCAGAACCAGCGGUCCUCCCCGGAGCAGCUGGAGGAUCUGUGCCCCAGCCCGCCGCUCGGCCUGCAGCCGCACAUCAACCUGACGCAGACGGACGCGGCGCUCAUCGAAUACACCAGCAGCAUGCUCGGGUCCAAUUUACUGUACGGCCGAACCUGGUAGAACCGGGAAAACUAGAGAACAUUCCCGACCCAGGACCGCAGGAGGGAAAAUGAUCCAGUUUUUAUUUCCGCGCGUAAAACCUCGGUUCCUUUACGCAGAGACUCGGACAUCCAGCGGGAUGGAGGAAAAAUAAAACCGAACUGAACCAGAACUUCCUCCUGGAUUAACAGGAAUAUUCCUCAGAAUUCCGGUUCACUGGUAGCAAACUGGUUCAGUCUGCUGGGAACGCUGGUAUCAGAACUGAAGCGGAAAUGAAAGUCGGUUCCGUUCAGGCAUGACUGUUUCCGUUUUAAAAAU